AUGGGCGAUUCAAUCGCUGCGACACCAAGGCAGAAUUUCACAUCUGCCUCACAUCUACAGGCAAAGGACCAACUACUCUCAUCCUCACCAGGCUUCGGCACGCCGGCCUACCCGAUAGUAGAAAGACAGAAACCGGCACUGAGACAACCAUUCGCCGCCCCAACCACAACGACAACUACCAAUGUCCAAACAGUGCUGCCGAUCAUACUGCCGCCACAGACACUGCGCCCGGUAGCCUUUAGGACACUGACCAAGAAACACAAUCUGACAUUGACAUCGUCCGGACUCGGUGUACUAGCAACCUUCGUCGGCAAAUUUUGUGGCAGCGGCUGGCGGGAAGACGGACUGGCGGAGCGGGCACUCGAUGAGAUUGCAAAGUCGUGGAAGCGGAAUGGCGGAGGUUUGAUUGUCGAGGAUGGACCGGACAGGAAAUUGUCUAACAUCCUGAAGACGUUAGAGCCGUGUAUGUCUGGCGGAAGACUGGAUGCUGGGAAAUUAUCGCGGCAAAAUAGUUCUGUCGGCUCAUUGUCUCGCUCGAAUUCGCUGAUCAAUCGGCCUGAAAUGGGCAGAGAUGAUAGCCAGACGAGUUUUGGACUGUCGGGGCUGAAUGUCGAGGAAGACAGCCAAUUCGAACAAGAAGACACUGAGGGCUCUCAACUAGACCCGCGGCAAUAUCUCAAGAUCAUCUCGGCAUUCCAUCAACCACGCUUCAGCUAUUCAACGUCCAAGAAGGCGCUGGAGCAAGUAACUGGACCAACAUCGCUCCUCCCACCAAUCCAACACAAAAUCUCCAUGUUCCGAAAUCGCUACCAUCUCGUGCACCAACGACUGCUUCGAAAUGAAUCCUUCCAAACACCAGCAUUCUCUACCGCAAAUCGCCCACGGACGCUAGGUCGCUCAGGGAGCAGCGUCGUGAGCGCCCAGCAAGCAUACAAGAUCACACCAAUUUCGAAUCUUUUGGGCCGCUCAGGGUCCGCCCGUCUCUUGCUCGGCAUGCUCGUGCAUUCUGCAGCGGGACAUCUUGUACUCGCAGAUUUAAGCGGUAGCGUGGUGCUGGAUCUGUCGACGACACGACCAAUUCCGGAAGACGGAGCGUGGUUCUGCCCUGGCAUGAUUGUGCUGGUCGAGGGUGUCUACGAGGAGGACGGCUCAAACAAUUCUAAUCUGGGCGUUGCAGCAGGAGUAGGAGGCCAGAUCAAAGGGCGCUUUGUGGCUGAUACGAUGGCUGGGCCACCGGCGGAGAGACGCGUCGUCACGGUUGGUAGUUCAGCAGGAGUUGAUGCGGAUAGUACUUCCAACGGUACCGCUCAUACGAGUGUUGGGUCUGGUUUCGGCUGGAUCGAUUUUCUAGGUGCAGGCAGCGAGAAGGCUAUGGGUUCUCAAAUGCGACGAAUACAGAGACGAAUAUUCGGUGCAGAGUCCCGCCCUCGGAUUACUACGGUGCCCACCGACCUUGACGACAUAGCACCGCCUUCGCAAGAGGAAGACCAACAUCCUUCGCGCACGAAACUCGCCAUCAUUGGAGAAUGUAACCUCGACAGCCCACGCACACUGGAAGCUAUCCGAGCGAUCAUCGCAUCCUACACAAACGCCAGCGAAAACGCCGCUGAUUUCCCUGUGUCAAUCGUACUGAUGGGCAAUUUCGUGUCCGCGGCGAGUAUGGCAGGCUCGACGAAAGGCGGCGGCAGCGUUGAAUAUAAAGAGCAUUUUGACGCACUGGCGUCCAUCCUCUCAGACUUUCCGACCCUGUUGGCCACCACUACGUUUGUCUUCGUGCCAGGCGACAAUGAUCCCUGGGCGAGUUCGUUCUCUGCGGGCGGCGCAUGUGUCAUUCCGCGACAGGGCGUGCCGGAUCUGUUCACCAGCCGGAUCAGACGCGCGUUCGUGACGGCGAACGCAGAGGUUGCGAAGAAAGAAAAAGGGGGCCCUUCCUCGCCACCAGGAGAAGCCAUUUGGGCGAGCAAUCCCGCAAGAAUCAGUUUGUUUGGACCACUUGAGGAGAUUGUAUUGUUCCGAGACGACAUCACCAGCCGGUUCAGACGGAACGCAGUUACAUUCUCCAAGCCAGAAGGCGAUGAAGAUGACGAAAUGCCAGCGGCACCGGGACGGGCAGAGGCGGAGACACCAGACCUCGAUGAACCAACCCACGCUCACGCCAAUCGAGACCUCGACAGCAUGGUCCACGAAGCCACAUCACACCUGCCAACCACCAGCAGCAGCAAAACCUUCACAGCACCACACAGCAACAACCAUAACCUCAACCCCGGCUCCCUCCCCUCGGCACGCAAGCUGAUAAAAACCCUCUUGGACCAAUCCCACCUCAGCCCCUUCAGCCACACGAUCCGACCAGUAUUCUGGGACCACGCGGGCGCACUGUCGCUGUAUCCGCUGCCGACGGCGCUGGUGCUGGCGGACGCGGAGACGCCGCUGUUCGCCGUCACGUACGAGGGCUGCCAUGUCAUGAAUCCUGGGCGCGUCGUCGAUGAGCUGGGCAUGCGCAGGGGCGCUGCUAGGUGGAUUGAGUACGAUGCCAAGCUGGGGAGGGGCGAGGGGAGGGAAGUCAGGUUCUAA